UUUAACAAUGGGGGCCCACUGACUCUGUAAGGUUUGGUCAGGUAUAAAAGCAGGGGUUACACCAAACAGGACAGCAGUGCAGCAGUAACAACACCAACAGCAGCAGCUCACCUACAGCACAAACAUGACCACCACUGAAAUGGGCAUGGGCAGGGUCACCUUCUACGAGGACAGGAACUUCCAGGGUCGCUCCUGGGAGUGCAUGAGCGACUGCUCUGACUUUUCCUCCUACCUGAGCAGAUGCCACUCCUGCAGGGUGCAGAGUGGCUGCUUCAUGGUCUACGACCGUCCCAACUACAUGGGAAACCAGUACUUCAUGAGGAGGGGCGACUAUGCUGACUACAUGAGCAUGUGGGGAUGGAACAGUGGUAUCAGGUCUUGCCGUAUGAUCCCCAUGUACAGAGGCCAGUACAGGAUGAGGAUCUACGAGAGGGAGAACUUCGGUGGUCAGAUGUAUGAGAUGAUGGACGACUGUGACAACAUCAUGGACCGUUACCGUAUGAACAACUGCAUGUCCUGCAACGUGAUGGACGGCCACUGGCUGAUGUACGAGCAGCCCCACUACAGAGGCAGGAUGAUGUACUUCAGGCCUGGAGAGUACAGGAACUUCAUGAACAUGGGCUGGAGCGGCUCCAGGUUCAUGAGCAUGAGGCGUAUCAUGGACAUGUGGUAGACAUUUUCAUUUUGAAAUA